AUGGACUCGCGUACAGCGUUCAACUCUACGACACCCCUGUCCCUUUGCCGACUGUCCGUCCGUUUGUCUGUCUGCCUGUCCGUCUUUGCUAUUGGCUUACAAGUGAUAGCUGUCUCUUCGGCUCUAUUCAUAUCUUCAAAAUGUUUCUUUCUUCUUUUCGUUCAUAUCUAUUGUUAUUGUUUUUCUGCUAUUCUUUCUUUCUUUCUUUCUUUCUUUCUUUCUUUCCCGCUGCAUCUCUUUAUCUCUUUAUUAUUAAUAUCCCUUUCUUAUAUUAUGUAUUUUCACUUGUCUCGCUAUGUUCUUAUCUAUCAAUCUUUUUAUCUAUUUUUGUUUAUUAAUAUCUAUCUAUCUGACUCAACCUUUUCAUACCUGUUUUUCUCUUCAUAUAUCUUGUCUCUCACCUUUUUAAAUCAUAUAAAAUACCUUCUUUUUUCGCCUUUCAUCUUCCUCUUCUUUUUAUUCACUUUCCUUCUCUCUCUCUCUCUUGCUCGCUCUCUUGCUCGCUCUCUCCGUACGCACCCCUCCUCUCGUUAUUUCUCUUUCUCUUCUCCUACCUCCUUUAUUUCUUCACUUUCCACCUUUCUUUCUACGGCUUCCUCGUUUUGCAACUUCUUUCUCUCUAGCUUCACCUUCUUUCACUCUUUUUACGCCUUCCUCCUCCCUUCUUUCCUCUUCUCUUUGCAACUUUCUUUCUACACCUUCCUCUUUUCGAUCUUCCCCUCCCUUCUCUGUUUCUUUACUUUUCUCCUCACAUCCUCCUCCUUCUUCUACCCCUUCUUCCCCUUCAACCUCUCUUCCUUUCGGUCUCUUCCUCCUUUCUUUCCUUGCUUUCUACCUCUCGUUCUUCUGCCUCGUUUUCUUUUCUCUAUCUUUUCUCCUUUCGCUUUCUCCCUUCUCCUCUCUUUCUAUAUCUUCCUCUUCUUUUUCUAUUUUUGCUUUAUAUUUUCACUUUCUCGCAUUCUCUCUCUCUCUCUCUCUCUCUCUCUCUCUCUCUCUCUCUCUCUCUCUCUCUCUCUCUGA